GGGCAGCGGAGCAACAUGGCGGCGCGUGUCCUCUCGGCCGGCCUCCGCCGCCUCCUGCCGCGCCUGCCCGCCCGCCCCGGGGCCUGUGCCCGCCCCUGCCCCGCCGCGCCCCGCCACGCGCCGCUCCCGCUCCCGCUCCCGCAGGUGUGCGGGCCGUGGCUGCAGCCGCGCCGGCGGUACUCGGACCUGCCGCCCCUCACGCUGCAGGGGAUCAAGGACCGCGUGCUGUACGUCCUGAAGCUCUACGACAAGAUCGAUCCCGAAAAGCUAACGGCUGAUUCCCACUUCAUGAAAGAUUUGGGCUUGGACAGUUUGGACCAAGUGGAGAUAAUCAUGGCCAUGGAGGACGAGUUUGGGUUUGAAAUUCCUGAUGCAGAAGCAGAAAAGCUAUGGUGUCCACAAGAGAUCGUAGACUACAUUGCGGAUCGGAAGGACGUAUACGAAUAAAGACAUCUGUCUGGAAACCUCUUCUGGCACGAGCACUGGGAUGAUGCCAGCAGGUGUACGAAUGUAAGCGCACAUUUCGGUACCGUGGCUGCUUUCAUCGGAAUCGUUCUGUUGGACGUUGUAUUUAAAGCUGUCGAUGUGUUGGCCUUUCAAAAAUAAAUAUGUAAUACCA